UAUUCUUCGUCAGCCCUUCUUCUUGGGUGGACUCUCCAACCUCACACUUACCUUUUUCAUUUUCAAUCUCUCUCUUUCUCCGUCCAAUUAUCAGAUUAGGGUUUCGCCAUGGCUUGCUCAAGCGCUCAAAUACACGGUCUUGGAACCCCCUCCUUCGCCUCUUCCCGAACCCUAUUUUUGGGUCAGAGGCUAAACACCAAGGCCUUUAUCAAGGUCAAGAGUAAACCCAGGAGGCACGUUCUCCGUGUCGUCAAUGAGAAGGUCGUCGGCAUCGACCUUGGAACUACUAAUUCCGCGGUCGCCGCCAUGGAAGGCGGGAAACCCACUAUUAUCACCAACGCCGAGGGCCAAAGAACUACCCCCUCAGUUGUCGCAUACACUAAGAAUGGCGACAGACUCGUCGGCCAAAUCGCCAAGCGUCAGGCCGUCGUUAACCCGGAGAACACUUUCUUCUCCGUCAAGAGGUUCAUUGGCAGGAAGAUGUCCGAGGUGGACGAGGAGUCCAAGCAGGUCUCAUACAGAGUCAUCAGAGAUGACAACGGCAACGUCAAACUCGACUGCCCCGCCAUUGGUAAACAGUUCGCCGCCGAGGAAAUUUCUGCCCAGGUCUUGAGGAAGCUUGUGGACGAUGCUUCCAAGUUUUUGAACGAUAAAGUGACCAAGGCUGUUGUCACUGUCCCUGCUUAUUUUAAUGACUCGCAAAGGACUGCUACCAAGGAUGCCGGUAGGAUUGCUGGUCUAGAGGUUCUCAGGAUUAUCAACGAACCCACUGCUGCAUCCUUGGCCUAUGGCUUCGAAAGGAAAAACAAUGAAACUAUCUUAGUCUUUGACCUUGGAGGUGGUACCUUUGAUGUCUCGGUGCUUGAGGUUGGCGACGGAGUGUUUGAGGUGCUGUCUACUUCUGGGGACACACAUCUUGGUGGUGAUGACUUUGAUAAGAGAAUUGUUGACUGGUUGGCUUCCAAUUUCAAGAAAGAUGAAGGCAUAGACCUUCUAAAAGACAAACAAGCUCUUCAGCGUCUCACCGAGACAGCAGAGAAAGCUAAAAUGGAUCUCUCAUCAUUGAGUCAAACUAACAUAAGUUUACCAUUCAUUACUGCUACAGCAGACGGUCCCAAACAUAUCGAGACAACUCUUACAAGGGCUAAAUUCGAGGAAUUGAGUUCAGAUCUUCUUGACAGGCUAAGGACACCAGUUGAAAACUCAUUGAGGGAUGCAAAACUCUCAUUUAAGGAUCUUGAUGAGGUUAUCCUUGUGGGUGGGUCAACCCGUAUUCCAGCCGUUCAGGAGCUUGUAAAGAAGUUGACUGGCAAGGACCCGAAUGUCACUGUCAAUCCUGAUGAAGUGGUUGCCCUUGGAGCUGCAGUUCAGGCUGGUGUGUUGGCUGGAGACGUCAGCGACAUUGUGCUGUUGGAUGUCACUCCAUUAUCUUUGGGUCUGGAAACUCUAGGUGGUGUGAUGACAAAAAUUAUCCCUAGAAACACCACUCUUCCAACAUCGAAGUCCGAGGUUUUCUCUACCGCUGCCGAUGGACAGACCAGUGUAGAGAUCAAUGUUCUCCAAGGGGAAAGAGAAUUUGUUCGAGACAAUAAGUCACUUGGUAGCUUCCGUCUGGAUGGUAUCCCCCCUGCACCUCGGGGAGUUCCUCAGAUCGAGGUGAAGUUUGAUAUUGAUGCCAAUGGCAUUCUAUCGGUCGCCGCGAUUGACAAAGGCACGGGGAAGAAGCAAGAUAUUACCAUUACUGGUGCUAGCACCUUACCUUCAGAUGAGGUGGAGAGAAUGGUGAAGGAAGCUGAGAAAUUUUCAAAGGAAGACAAAGAGAAGAGGGACGCUAUUGACACUAAGAAUCAGGCAGAUUCUGUGGUGUACCAGACAGAGAAACAAUUGAAAGAGCUUGGAGACAAGGUCCCUGGACCUGUGAAAGAGAAGGUUGAAGCAAAACUAGGGGAGCUUAAAGACGCAAUUUCUGGGGGUUCGACACAAGCUAUUAAGGAUGCCAUGGCUGCCCUCAAUCAGGAAGUUAUGCAGCUUGGUCAGUCCCUUUACAACCAGCCAGGAGCUGCUGGCACAGGAGGCCCUACUCCCCCACCUGGUGCCGAUGCUGGCCCCUCAGAAUCUUCCGGCAAGGGACCGGACGGUGAUGUCAUAGAUGCUGAUUUCACCGACUCAAAAUGAAACUAGUUACCUAUAGAGUUUAUUGUUAGUAUUUCCCCCCAAAUUCUUAAUGAUUUUUGUCAAUGGAGAGUGGGUGCGUAUUUCCUCUAAAAAAUUAGACACGGAUUUUGUAGGUGCUCAUUGAUGCUCGCGUACACUGGAAUUUUGUCUUAAAUAUAUUUUUUGCUAUUUGUUAA